UCACACUGACACACUUCUGUCGCACGCUCACGAUGCCGCAUGUAUGGGAAUGUCGUGUGGCCCGCGUCGGCACGCGGUUCGCACGAUGAGGGCUAAGGGGCACCCCUCGGAAGGAACCGAUUCGGAAGUCGGAACCGAUUCACACGCAUCACAACAUUGCCGGCGGGGUAGAGUAGACUGGAGUAGAGUAGAGGUGGAAAUUGAAGUGGACGUAAAGGGCACGCAAAGGUGGAGGAAGGUGGAGGAAGUAACACUCGAACCACCGAGACAAGAAUCGACGUGCGGACGCUACCUUCAGAUGGAAACAUCAGUUAACGUUUCGGUAGCGCACCGACAACAUCAGAAGAAUUUAAGAAAAAAAAGUGAAAAAGUUUUCAAAGUGUUUAUAUACCCUUGGGAUUUAUCAACGUUGGUGAAACAUUAAUUUAACUGUGAGAGAACAUAGAGUUCAAUACGCACACGCAGACGGGGUGGAAACGUGUGUCACCUCUGAGCGACAAUACUGACAAUCGCCGUGGACGGGGAUAAUUACGCGGCUAAUUAAUCGCAAUUACUAUGCCAAUUAGCGAGAGCGACUACUCGUACGACGAAGCCACCAACGAUCACUACGAUCUGGACCAUCAGCACGCUGCACCCACAUCGACAACCCAAAACAGAAUGAUGUCCAAAGCCGAGUUAAGAAAGACGCAUAAACCGAUAAUGGAAAAACGUCGACGUGCAAAAAUCAACAAUUGUUUGAAUGAGAUCAAAGACUUGAUUCUGUCAGCAAUGAAAAAAGACCCUGAACGUCAUUCAAAACUAGAAAAAGCCGACAUCUUAGAAAUGGCCGUUAAACACUUAAAGUCCGUUCAGAAACAACAGAAAGAAAUCGCCAUCCGCACAGAUCCAACCCUAGCUUUAAAAUAUAAAUCCGGUUAUCUGGAGUGCGCAUCAGAGGUGUCAUCCUACGUGGACCAAAUCGAUGGGGUUGACGCGGGGUUAAAGCAACGCUUAUCAAGCCACCUCAACAAAUGCGCCAACACCAUCGAGCGUCCACAAUUCGAUUUCACCUCCAGCUCGCUGCUGGCUUCGUUCGCGGCGCACAGCCGCUUCAACCACAACGACGACCAGAACAACAAUAGUGGUCGGCAGUUGCCCACAAUGCAAGGCAUCGAAUUAAUACCGAGCUGCUUACCGAAUGGAGACUUUGCUUUCUUGGUUCCGAAAGCAUCAUUUUCAUCGAUUUUAAAUUCGAGUGGAAAUUUAAAUAAUCUAGAAAAUAUCGCAAAAAUGAACGUUCUGAAAGAGUUGACCGAGGUGAAAGACCCAGUGCGUUUGUUACGGUAAUGCCAAGACCACAAACUGGUCUUUUGACCAUUGCGAAACCAUUGAGUCCACCAAUCAGCCCUGAAAUGCCUAAAAUCAUCAAACCAAAGGCUGAGAAAGCACCUAUUGGCUUGAAUAUCACAACGAAUGAUAAAAUACAAAAUAUUAAAUUUCCGAUUAAUACCAUAACACAUCACCAACAGCAUAAAAAGGAACACGAACCAUUGUGUAUUAUCACUAAUACCGGCGAGAGUUAUCGGCAAGCACAGCGGAUUGACGAAACAAGACAUCAGGAAGAAAACCGUUAUUACUCUUCAAAACCACAGACAACACAACAACAACAACAACAACAACCAUUGAUCAAUAGUUUAAAGCGAAAAGCCGAAGGGUUAUUAUCUGUUGCGCCCGUGAAAUAUCCCCGAGUGGAAAUUAUUGAGGAAAUGCCGAGUGUAAGUGCGUUUAAAAGAGUUGAGCAGUUUAGUGGUGUAGAAAAAUAUGAUAAACCUACUGUUUACGAGUGUAUAAGUAGUGAUGAUGAUGACGAUGAUGAAGAUGAUGAUAUUGUAACUGAGAAAAAUGAUGAUGAAAAUGAUAAUGAUAAGAAUGAACCAAUGUGGCGUCCUUGGUAAAAUUUUUAGAAAGAUCUUACUUUGCACGAGAAUAAUAUUGUGAUAGUUAUUAAUUCAAUAAUUAAUUAAAUUCUCAAAUCAUUAAAAAUCUAUUAAAAAUCAUUAAAAAUCUAUUCAGGUUUAAAUUCUGAGUCUACUAAUAUCAAAAUUUUAUUGAAAUCUCUUUUGUAUAAAAAAUAGAAAGAAAUUUAAGGACAUUUUUGAAUUACUGCAUAAUGCUCUUUUAAUUGUUUAUAACUUUUUGUAUUAUCAUGUUUUAAAAACAUAUCUCCACCAAUUGGACCAAGAAAUUAAUACUAAAAAUAUUUCUAAAGAAGAUACCGAUAAAAAAGAAAUAGAUUUUGUAAUAUUCACAAAGAAAAGGUAAUAAUCACAUUAUUAUUAUUGCGUCAAGUAAGAAAACACCUAAAUACUGCCAUAUAAGAUCUCAUUAUUUUUUCAAGUUGCAAUUUAAGUUAAGAUAAAGAUUAAAAAUUAAGAACUCAAUCA